UCCCCAGUACCUCAUUUUCCAUUCUAUCUGUAGGGCCUCGAGUUUUUCUUUAAGUUCGGCUAUGCCUUCCUGACAAUAACCCUCAUGAUCAUGAUCUGGAUGUCGCUGGCCCGUGCCUCGAUGUUCGAUCGAGAGAUGGAGGAAACGCACUACCCGCCCUGCACCUACAACGUGAUGUGCACCUGCUCCAAGUCCUCUACGGAUCUGGGGAUAGUGCACUGCAAGAAUGUUCCGUUUCCGGCACUGCCGCGCAUGGUGAACCAGUCAAAGGUCUUCAUGCUGCACAUGGAGAACACGGGUCUGCGCGAGAUUGAGCCCUACUUCCUGCAGUCCACGGGCAUGUACCGCUUAAAGAUCUCUGGGAACUAUCUCACCGAGAUUCCGGAUGAUGCUUUCACCGGCCUGGAGCGAUCGCUGUGGGAGCUGAUUCUGCCGCAGAACGACCUGGUGGAGAUCCCAUCCAAGUCCCUGAGGCACCUGCAGAAGCUGCGUCACCUGGACCUGGGCUACAACCACAUAACGCACAUCCAGCACGACUCGUUCCGCGGACUGGAGGACUCGCUGCAGACGCUGAUCCUGCGCGAGAACUGCAUCUCGCAGCUAAUGUCGCACAGCUUCUCCGGACUCCUGAUCCUAGAGACCCUCGAUCUGAGUGGCAACAACCUGUUCGAGAUCGAUCCGAAUGUGUUCGUCGAUGGAAUGCCGCGGCUGACUCGUCUGUUGCUUACGGACAACAUUCUUUCGGAGAUUCCAUACGACGCGCUGGGUCCACUGAAGAGCCUUCGUACGUUGGACAUCUCCCACAAUGUGAUCUGGUCGCUCAGUGGCAACGAAACGUACGAAAUCAAGGCCAGCACCAAGCUGAAUCUGGACAAUCUGCACCUGGAGUACAAUCCCAUUGAGGUCCUGCCUCCUAAUUCAUUCAAGUACUUCGACACCGUCAAUCGCACCUUCUUCGAUGGCAAUCCCAUUCACACUCUGAGGGAAGAUGCUUUUAAGCCCGCUCGAAUCAGGGAGAUCUACAUGCGCUAUUGCGGCCUGACCAACAUCUCGCCUGUGGCCUUUGACAGCCUGGUGAACAGCCUCCAGAUCCUGGAUUUGUCUGGGAACAAUCUCACCAAGCUGCAUCACAAGCUCUUCAACAAUUUCGAUGUCUUGAGGGUCAUCAGCAUGCGGGACAAUAAGAUCAAGAUUCAGAAGCCCACGGAGACCUUCAAUGCGGUGCACUACACGCUCCUGAAACUGGACCUGAGUGGUGACCGCAACGACCCCACCAAUCUGCAGACCCUUCGCAAUAUGACCAGAAUGCGGAACAUGCGAUCACUGUCGAUCUCGCGCCUGGGAUCCUCCUCCGUUGGGCCUGAGGACUUCAAGGACUUCGGCGUGGAGCUGGAGGACCUGCAAAUCACCAGGGCCAGUCUCUCCGGGAUUCAAUCACACGCUUUCAAGCAUGUCAGGGGUCUGAAAAGGCUGGACUUCAGCGAGAACGGAAUAUCUAGCAUUGAGAACGAUGCCUUCCAUGAGAUUGGUCACUCGCUCAUCUCUCUGAAGAUGUCGCACGGCUACUCUGGCAGUUCCCUGCCAGCUGAACCUCUGAGACAUCUGACUUCCCUUCAAGAGCUGGACUUUAGCAACAAUCACAUCAGCAGCAUGAGCGACACCAGUUUCCAUUUCCUGAAGAACUUGCGUCUCCUAGAGCUUCAUGACAACAGGAUCGAACAGGUUUUAAAGGGCACUUUCCAGGGCGACAUUCACUCAAAGCUGGAGGAGAUCUCGCUUCGCUUCAACCACCUGACCUCCAUUUCCCAGCAUACCUUCUUCGAUCUGGAAGCCCUGAGAAAACUGCACCUGGAUGACAAUAAGAUUGACAAGAUUGAGCGAAGAGCCUUUAUGAAUCUGGAUGAACUGGAGUAUCUUAGUUUGAGGGGCAACAAGAUAAACAACCUGGCUGACGAGUCCUUCCAGAACCUUCCAAAACUGGAGAUCCUUGACAUGGCUUUUAAUCAGCUACCCAACUUCAACUUUGACUACUUCGAUCAAGUGGGCACCUUGUCGAAUCUUAAUGUGAACGUAAGCCACAAUCAAAUCAGGCAGUUGAUGUAUAAUUCCUCAUGGAGUGGACGAAAUGAACAUGGUGGCAUGUAUCACUCGAACAUCAAGACAUUGGAUCUUUCCCACAACAACAUAUCUAUUAUUCAUCCUGGAUACUUCCGGCCUGCCGAAAUUUCACUGACACACUUGCAUCUGGGCUACAAUUCGCUGAUGAACACGACUCGAGAUGUCUUCGGCAACAUGCCCCACUUGCAAUGGCUGGACCUCAGCUACAAUUGGAUCCACGAACUGGACUUUGAUGCCUUUAAAAACACCAAGCAGCUCCAGUUGGUCUUCUUUGAUCACAAUUACCUCACUGAUAUUCCCCAGGAUAUAUUCAAACCUGUCCAGAGCCUGCGCAUCGUCGAUUUCUCGCACAAUCACUUGAGGGGCCUGCCCGACAAUCUCUUCUAUAAUGGAGGAAUGGAAAAAUUGGAUGUGUCGCACAACAUGAUGCUGAAGAUCCCCUCCUCAUCGCUGUCCAGUUUGGCUGCGUUGACGCUUUGUGAAUUGCACCUGUCCAACAACUUUAUCUCUACCAUUCACAGCAUGGAUUUGUCCAACAAGUUUAGAUCACUUCGCUACCUGGACAUCUCAUACAACUAUCUGCUGCGAAUUGAUGAUGCCGUUUUUGCAACCAUGCCAAAAUUGGCCGUUCUGGAUCUCUCCCACAAUCGGGAUCUGAAGGUGAUGGAUAAGUCGUUUAUGGGUUUGGAGAACUCGCUGAUCAAACUGGGUCUGGAGAACGUUUCUCUGAGCACAGUGCCCGAGAUUCGACUGAAGUAUCUGCGGGAGUUCCGUUUGGGUUACAAUGAACUGCCUUCGAUUCCGCAGGAACUAGCCCACAAUAUGACUAAUCUGCGCAUGCUGGACCUCUCCAACAACGACUUAACAAAUGUGCCACUGAUGACCCAAGCUCUCCCCCACUUGAGACGCCUGAUGCUCUCCGGCAAUCCCAUAACCUCGCUGAACAACAACAGUUUCGAUGGCGUGAACGAGGAUCUUGAGAUGCUGGAUAUAUCGAAUUUCCGGUUGCACUAUUUCGAGUAUGGCUGUCUGGACUCGUUGCCCCACUUGCGAUCCCUUAAGCUUACUGCGUACUCCCAUCUGGAGCACUUCAAUAUCCCACAUCUGUUGCGCCAUCAUUAUAAUAUCCGCCAGUUGUGGAUCGAGGCCCCACAGCCCUUCACCCGCAUUGUUAAGAAGGGAUCUGGACCCACCCAGGAGAUGCAGACCCUUCAGCUGGGCAAUCCCACCGACUUGCUGCGCGAAAUGGAGGGCCAUCUGCCCUCCAAGCUGACCAACAUCACCUUCAGUGGUCCUCAGUUCACUAACCUGAAUGAACGCAUUUUAAGAGGCAUGCGUUCUCCAUACCUCUACAUGCAACUAUUCAAUACCUCUCUGCAAGCCUUGCCUCCUAACUUCUUUAAGUACAUGGGCCGAGUUCGGAACAUUUCGCUGGACAUUCGCUACCACAAUCGGAACCUGAAGAAGAUUCCAAAUCCAAACACAGGAGCUGUUCCCUAUCUGCCGAAUAGUGUGUUCCUCACGGACUUGAAGAUGUCUCACACUGAUCUCAACUGCGACUGCGACCUGGGGUGGGUGGAGUUCUGGCAACGCAAGAGGCGCCAGUACAUCUGCUCCUCCCAAACCUGGACCGACACCGUUUUCCGCACUUUCAUGAACUCUCCUUGCCAGGUGUACGGUCGCCACAACUGCGACGAACAUGAUGAUGACCUGAGGGAGACGCGCUGUGAAAACAAAGGAGGGCAGCAGCUGAUGGAGGCCCUCAAAUUCGAUCUGGAGUGCGGGUGGGACAAUGCAAACUGCCGGGAGGCCGCCUUUGUGGUGGUGAUGGUGUGCGUGGCCAUGGUCUUCUGGAUGUGACUUCUGCACUUUGCAUAUAAGACGUCCACCGACUUUUAUACCAUUCUUGAGCAAGUCUACGGCAGACAGGUCAUAUGAGUCUUGCCGUCUAGAGUUUAAGCGUGAUGAUGAGACUUUGGCCACUUUGAUACCUUUUGCAGUUAGUUGUUUCUCUUCCGAAAACCUUCUCUCACCGAUCCGCUGGUCCUUGGUAACGCCUUAUAUGUAGUUCUCCUCACCACCACUCACCACUCACCUCUGAAGCACUCCAUUCUUCGCCUCGCCUCACUGUCUAUCUCCAUGUAUGUAUAUCUUCGUAGGCCUUAACUUAGACCAUAACUUAUCCAGCUAUCUAAUAACCCGCCUGACCUGACCCACCAAUACUUUCUGUACUUCUCUUAUAAGUUAGGUCACUGCGCUGCUUAAACAAUUCCAAAAUGAAAGUCUGUAAAAUGUUUCAUAAACAUAUAAUAAAUAUUUACGGUAGGUUAAGUUCGCUGUGCCGUCUCCCACUUUA